AUGUUUGGCGGUAACAACGAAGACCACAGCCGCUGGAAGCAGCGCCUGCGCCGAGUUUUCAGACGGACGCCUUCAGACUUGCCAACUUCCUUUGGAAGCUCCUCCGCCCGGUCGACUCCCCGUGUGGAUGAAAACGGGCAACUGGCCGUUGACGGUGUGCCACCGGAAGCAUGCCAUGUUUCUGCCGGCCGUCAGCUCGCUAUUGCUGGUGGCAACGCAGAGGCUAGCCUCAUAGCCCGCCUGGGUGUUGAUCCGGUAACCGGCCAGACGAGCACUACCCUUGUUUACAAGACACUGGUAGAGCCUGACCGGGGCACUCGAGUCCCCAGCAAGCAAAAAGUUAGAAACUGGCUCAAGGAUGUUCCCGACGACUUUGAAGUGGGACCGAUUGAUGCAGAGCCAGAAAACUGGGGCCAAUUACCCGUAUAA